AUGUCGCACAUUCGUUCAGCCGAAGAGGAGGACUUUUCCGGCAUCAUUGAGAUUGCCAGACAGGUUGUCGAGGAGCCCGAUGCGUUUCUGUUCGACGAGCACUGCACCACAGAGGAGUUGGAGGCUUUUUGGCUUCCUGACCUUACCAUGCAUGCUGAGACCUUCGUAUUGGAGGCGAGUGGCUUUGCAGGCAUCAUCGGGGCAUAUGCCACGGGCUAA